AUGGCUCACAUUCGCGGCUGGAAAGACAUUCUUAGGCCCAUCAGGGACGGCUAUCGUCAUCUGUUUCCGGCUCCGGAUACAGGCCCAACUCCGGAAGAGAGGCAGAAACAGCGUGGGCUAGACCGCCUGAAGGGCUUCACGUACUUCGACACGUUCGACCAGCUCGAGGCCUGGACCGAAGCCGAAUCGGAUCCUCUUCAAAGAGCCAAUACUCCGCUAUUGCCUCGGUCUAAUGUUGCAGUAAAUCAGCAAGAGAAGGCAACUGUGCUAAUAUGCCACGAUUAUUCGGGAAACUAUCACGGCUAUGAAGCAGUUCAGGGAACAGGUGUGCAGGAAGAGAGCUAUACUUGUGAAUACCUUCAUGCUGUUGGCACCUUCAUCUAUUUUUCACACAAGUUUAUCUGUGUUCCUCCUCCGUCUUGGACGAAUACGCUUCAUAGGAAUGGCGUGAUGGCAUUGGGGACCCUGCUCGUUGAGCCCCAGACGAAGGAUUCAGAAAAGCUGUUGCAACGUGGCGGCAGCGGGGGUACUUCAGGCGCCGGCUCCAUCUUCCCAAUGACACGGAAAUUGUCCAACAUCGCAAAGCAUUAUGGCUUCGAUGGAUGGCUUGUCAACAUUGAGAAGCCAUUUCCGAAAGAGUCCUGGGAUGCGAACCUCCUAGAGUCAUUUCUUUGUCAACUGCAAGACUGCCUUGGGCCUACUCGAAGACUCAUUUGGUACGACGCGAUUACCAUAGACAACACCAUCGCGUAUCAGAACGCGUUAAAUGCGAAGAAUGUCUCCUUCAGUAAAGCUUGCGGGGCCGUCCUCACCAACUACUGCUGGAAAGAGUCCGAUGCCUGGACAUCAAAGCAGACUGCCCUGGAGCAUGGCUUGUCUCCCGAUCGCACCUUCUUUGGGGUCGAUGUCUGGGCGCAGAACAAGACGACCUUGAGACAUCCCCGGGUAACCUAUCCUGAGAAAGGUGGCGGUGGAACGAAUACCGGUGUCGCAGUUAGCAAGCUCGCCGAAGUUGGCCUUUCGGUGGGCAUCUUCGCGCCUGCGUGGUCUUUGGAGCACUUUCCCGGAUGCGGCCGCGCGGUUGAGCGAGCUAUGUGGGAAGGUAGAACACUCCUAGAAGACGUCUCUUGCUCAUGCGGAAAUGCUGGUGUGCGCCAUCCGCCGAACCGGGCGUAUCCUAUCCUUCAAUUUGCGAGGCAGUUUCUUGCGGGCUCCGGGAGCUUUUUCUAUACCGACUUCAGCAGGGGUUUUGGCAGUCAUGGGGAACAGGAGGCGUAUCGAAUAUAUAACGGCCAGCCUAUGCACUCGCAGUUGGCAUCGCAGUCCGUAUUGCCGACCAUGCCAAGGUCGAGCGUACCAGACGAUCUCGUCGAAGGCCGUGUCAAUGUCGUAUCUCACAGGCUGAAUGACCUCGAAGGUCGAACUCACCUUCUGAUCGAGGCACAGGGCGUGAAGCGGCCGAAGGGUGAUACUGGGGAGACUUGCGAGAGCUGGCUUCCGCUUUUCGAGCUUGACAUGCCGGCUGAUGGGUCUUUGAGACUCUCGAUAUCGUCUCGGCAUCUUCUGCAGCUUCCGGACGCUGCGGCCAGCUUUUACCUCAAGUUCAGCAGUGGCACGAAGCUACUCAAGCUCGAGGAGAAGGACAACCUUCAGUCCACGGAAGCGAUUCUGCACCUAGGCAGUGGACGCGAGGCGCUGGGCCGGCUUUGUGAGAUUGGCGUCCAUCUACAAGCGCCACCGCUUAGACCACACCCUGUGCAGAUUCUGGAGGUCCAAGAAAUCCGCAUUGUUCCCCGCUCCGCGCCUUCACAGAUAAACUGCGGUAUACAUAACGUGCGGGUUGAAACACGCCGUCAGUGGAAGUCUGAGCAUCGAAGGCUGUGCUGGAUGUACCAAGCUGCGGAUCCGUCAAGGUUGAUGUUGCUCGACAUGCCGUAUAGCGAUAUUACAGGGCCUUUCUCUCACUUUCUGGUUCGGAUUGACGGUCUUCACGUCGGGCGUGCAUAUGCAUUAGAGUACGUGGUGCCGCAAUCGUUGGGGGACGAAUUGGCCGGGAGGGAGGUAGAGGUUGAGGUGACUGGAAUCGGAUUUGAUGGUAGAACGCUUGCACACAAGCAUGCAAGGCUGCGAGUAUAA